AUGGCGGCGGGGGUGGCGGCGCUCUGCGGUGAUCAUGGGCCGCGCUGGGCGCUGCCGCUCCGGCCGCCGCUCUGCCUCGCCUGCUCCGUGGAGACCCUGGGCGACGGCAGCGCCUCGCUGGUGCGCAAGAAGCACGUCCUGUCCCGUCUCCAGGAUGCCCUGGCCUGGCAGACGCUGCCAGUCGUCCAGCUGCUGGCACAAGACGAGAGGGUGUGCAUGCAUUUAAUAGGAACUCUCUUUGGGAUGUUGCAUUCUGUGGAAGACAGCAGUGCCCUGAACCUAUUAGUUGAAGUUCUGGUGCGGCUUGUUGUGGAACUGAAGUCAGAGCAAUACUUACACUGCAUUUUGGAUGAAAGUCAGAAGGAGCUGUGCAAAGCAACUACCAUGAGAAGCAGCCUGCCCACAUUUUCUCUCCUUGGCAAGCUGGCAGAUGCCAUCCCAGGCUUUGCUGAUAUACUUGUGGUAAAGCACAAUAAUUUGGUGGAUCAUCUGCUGAUGGGCUUGACGUACCCAAAUGAAAGUAUAAAGGCUGCUGUGUGCUACUUGUAUGGCAAGCUGUAUUCCUCUCCUGUUGGCACAGAACGGCUCUCAGGACACUUUGAAGAAAGGCUGUAUGGUGUCUUCUUGAAUACUCUGGAGUGUGCACAGACUAAGGAGCUGCAGGUUAAUUGUUUGGGUUUGCUAAAGGAGCUGCUGAAAUCUGAUCAUUUUGUAUCUAUUCUUAUGAAUAAUUCAAAGACAGAGGAGGAGACUGAGAACCCUGACUUUUUAGAAGGGGAAAAUCCACUGCCACUUAUUCUCAAAAAGCUCUUGUUGACCAGAGAUGAGAUGCUACAGGCAGCGAGUUCUCACUGUAUGGCUGCAGUGCUGGUUCACUCUCCUAGCAGAUAUGCUCCUGCUUUUAUCCAUGCAGAUGUCCCAGAGUUCCUCUUUGAGUGUCUGUUGAGCAAAAGUGAAAUCCUCAUCUGGUCAGUGUACUGCUGCCUGCUCCUCCUGACUGAAGAGCGCCUUUUCUUCUCCAAGUGUCACACCGUCUAUGGCAUUGAAUCUCUGGUGAGGAGUCUCCAAGGUGUCCUGCUGCUGAAUAAUGUGGAGUUGCACAAACAAGGGCUCCUGCUCUUCACUGAAAUACUGAAACGGCAACCAAUGGAAAUCAAAUUAUUCACAAACCGAGGUGUCUGUAUAGAAGCCAUUGAUGUUUUGAUGGAGACAGUGAACUGCCCAGUGCUGGAGGUAGCAGUGGAGGCUGUGAAAGCUGUGGCAGCUUUCCUGAGGAAGGACCAUCUGAGCUGCCCUCCAGUCCCAUAUGAAGAGCUGCAGAAGCUUCUGGAGGCAGUGCUGAAGCGAUGUGCUGACCUUUCCCCACCACAGAGUAGUAAGAGGCAUGCAGGCGAUCUCCUAUUCUCAGUGUCUCAGAGUCACCCGACAAACAGGAAUCUUGGUAGAGUUCCUCAGAGACAGGGUCAGUUCUUGCUCAAUACCCUGGAAAGUUUCAGAAACGCUUGCAGGUUAGCAGUGCAAUUCCAGGGUGAUUUCAUGGCCCAGGAGAACGCUUUCACUGCCCCCAACUCUGAGAGAAAAGACACACUAAGCAACUUCUCUGAGUUCCUGUUGAGGAUUUGUGACAGUCUCUGCAUCCCCAUGGUCAUGGACCUGGUCAGCUCAAGCUCCGUGGAAGUGGCUUGGAAGGUGUUGAUGACUCUGAGGACCUUCCUGGAAAGAAAUGAGGAUGUCCUUGUCUGUGACCUCCUUCGAAGCCGAUUUUUACAGAUUCUGCAGCAGCUGCUGGUAGAGAGCAGCUCAGCCACCCUACAAGCUAACAGGAACCUGCCUGUUUUGCUGAGCCUUCUUUUCCUGGUGCAGCUGCGGAGCAAGGGCAUAAGGGAGCUGGACAGCACAGACUUGAGGCUGCUUCACCAGGUCAGUAAUCUCUGUGGGAAAUGCAGCCCAAGGGACACUGACCUCCUGCAGCCAUCUUUGAAUUUUCUGUACUGGAGCCUUCAUCAGACCACACCUUGUAGUCAACAGAGAGCAGUGGCUGUGCUGCUCUCCAACGUGUCCUUGCUAGAACUCCUGCAGAAGGUUUUGGAAUGCACCUGGCUAUGGUCCCCUCCUUCCAGACCUGCCCACCUGUCAUCUGAGGAUGCCUUGCUGUGCUCUGGAUGGCUGUUGGUGGCAUCCUUUUUGCUUAUUCAGCAUCGCUACAAUACUGAGGUUCACCAGACACUCUCUGUAGACCUUACAGAAGUCCUGAAUGCAGUCAUCUUCAGGAAUAAGAAGCCAAUCCUGCUAUUAGUGAGCAUCAUGCAGUUCCUGAGAGCUGUCCUGCGACAGAACUUCUCCUCCUCCCUGCUGGUGAUUGUUGGCCAAAACAAAGCCCCAGGUGCUACUCAACCACAGCCAUCAUCACUGCAGGACACUGCCUUGCAUCCCCUUGCCAUGCAGCAGGUCUUCUCGCUUGUUGUCAGUCUGCAGAACCUUCUGGUGCACGUCCAGUUGCAGAAAGACUUGCUGCUCUCUCAGGCAGUGGUUGCCUGCCUAGAAACCUUAGUGGAAUACCUGUAUGUGAAGAACCAUGAUGUUGCUCUACACGUUGCUUCACAGCCAUGGCACCGAUUCCUGCUCUUCACACUACUCAGUGGGGGCCAGAAGUCCUUUCUGCAGCCAGAAGUUCUCAGGCUGAUGACUUUGGCUGCAGAGGCCAACAUGGAUUUUCUCAUCAUCUGCCCGUUUCUACUGGCAUUGCUGCUUUCCCAGGGCAGCUUCACAGACCUGGAGAAACGGAGAGUAGACUCUGGCUUGGAAAUCUAUAAGAAGCUGUUUGAGGUGAAGCGCAAGGACCAGAUGAAUGCUCUGAAGAACUUGAUUGAGCUCAAUGACGUCAACCAGCAGUACAAAAUCAUUGACAUCAUGCUCAAAGGACUCUUCAAAGUGCUGGAGGACUCCCGUGCUGUGCUCAUCGCUGCUGAUGUGCCUCCUGAUGGGCCCUUCCCUCAGGAUGAGAAGAUAAAGGAUGCAUAUUCCCACGUGGUAGAGAACACUGCUUUCUUCGGAGACGUCGUUCUGCGCUUCCCCAAGAUUGUGCACCACUACUUUGACCGCAACUCCAACUGGAACAGCCUCAUCCGCUGGGGCAUCGGUUUCUGCAACCUGACGGGUGUGUUCGAGCAGGGACCCCACUCCCAGGUCCUGCGGCUGAUGGCUCAGGAGCUAGGAAUCAGUGAGAAAUCUCCCGAUUACCGCAAUCCCUUUAAAACGGACCAGUCAGAGUUUUUCCCCAGUGCUGACACCUUUCAGAAGGCGCUGCGGGAUGAAGAGAAGAGGAGGAAGAAGGAAGAGAAGCGGAAGGAGAUCCGCAAGGGCCCACGCAUCUCCCGCUCACAGUCGGAGCUGUAGCAUGCUGGGACUUGGUGCCUUGCAGUGGGGGUGACACCACUGGGACACAGAGUGGCUUGCUCCCUUCUCAGCAGCCUUGGGCCGGUGCCUGGCCAUUCCCUUUCCAUUUGUGCUGUGGUUUUUGUUUUGUUGCCUUUAGUUUUUGUUCAGUGGAGGUUGGGUGGUGGUGCUGGUGGGUUGCCCCAAAGGGGCUAAAUUGGGAUACCCUUUCCACAGAGGUAAAGCACAGACAUGACAGCACCAGGGCCAUCCGCUGUUCAGGAUGUUGCUGCCUGUGGGGAAGUAAGGUGUGGGGACAUGCCUCUGGUAGAGCCCAGGGAUCCCUCUUCACUGCAGCACACCCAAUGCUGAACGUGCCUUCUCCAGCACGGGUGGGCUGGGGAGUGCGUCACACCAAACAGCCUCAUGAGCAAUGCUGCUUCUCUCAGUUUUGCUUUUCGUUUUGUUAAACGGGUGAUCUCAUUGGCACCCCCCACUGGGCUCUACCUGGUUUCUGCACAGCUGCUACCUCUGCCAGAUCAGACCUCCCCUUUUCCCAGCGGCUGUUUUACCGAGCAACACGCGUUUCAUUGUCCAGACGUAGUUGAAAAUGCCGAUGGCAGCUGUUCCUGGCCGAUGGCAACCCGUGGCCACCGCAGGUCGUUCCCACAGAGAGGCAAAUGCCCGGUGAAUUUUUGGACAGGAGGAAUUUCGGUACUUGGCCUCUUUGGAGCCAGUGGGCGGCUGUAGUGCAAGCAGUGCUGAUGCUGAAGAUGCUGGGGAACCAGCCCUGAACCCCUGAGAGCCUGUCGUGCAGCCCAUGCCCCGUCCCUUCUCUCUGGGGCUCGUCCUCUCUAAAUGAGUUCCCGAAGCCCCUUGUCAGGGGACAGCCAGAUGAGGGCAUGUGGUGAUAGCAGGGCCAGAGUAGGGAGGGACCCAACCGAGUGGCUGCGACCCUCCACCGGGUGUCUGGGCUGCCGUGGGGGCAGAGGUGAGGGGUUGGCCCCAGUACCCGGCACGGCCACCCUGUGAUUCCUCUCCCCUGUGCUGAUGGCCUCGAACCAGAGCAGGCUUUUGCAGAGGGACCUUCCCCAGGAGCGGGUGCUCCGUGCCGGGCUGGCGGCAUCGCAGCCUUUGAGGAAAGGGAAACGUCCCGAAUUUUUUAACAGCAGAGCCAAGUCCCUCCAGUGGGGGGAGGGGAUGGCAAUGGGCGCAUUUGGUUGUUCUUGAAUAAAAUUGACUUUAUUAUUUUUUUUUUUAAGUA